CACAGUCAAAGAUGGCGCUGCCCGUGCGGACUAACUUCGGACAUGUCUCCCGGUUCAUUCGGUCUCUAAAUUGUCCUCAACGGUCUCUGUGCGCUGGAGUGAGUCGGGAAAACACGGACCCGCCAAAGGGUGGGCGCGUAUUUUCUGGGAUCCAGCCAACUGGUGUGCCCCACCUGGGCAACUACCUGGGUGCCCUGGAGAACUGGGUGUCCCUGCAGCACCAGUAUCCGUCAGUGCUCUACAGCAUUGUGGACCUGCACUCCAUUACCCAGCCCCAGGAUCCGGCUCAGCUCAGGAGCAACAUACUGGACAUGGCGGCGAGUCUGCUGGCCUGUGGCGUCGACCCAGAGCGGGCCGUACUGUUCCAGCAGUCUAAGGUGUCGGAACACGCCGAGCUCGCCUGGAUCCUCGGCUGUCUCACCAGCAUGCCCCGCCUCCGACACCUCCCACAGUGGAAGAUGAAGAGCAAACUGAAGAGCAACGAAGGCAGCGUCGGUCUCUUCACGUAUCCCGUCCUGCAGGCGGCGGAUAUUCUCCUUUACAAGUCCACUCACGUCCCCGUCGGAGAGGAUCAGGUCCAGCAUCUGGAGCUGGCCCAGGAUCUCGCUCGCAUCUUCAACAACCGCUACGGAGACGUGUUCCCCGAGCCUCGCGCCCUGCUGAGUUCGACGCGAAAGGUCAAGUCCCUGCGCGACCCCUCUGCCAAAAUGUCCAAGUCCGACCCCCAGUCGAUGGCGACCAUCGCCGUCACGGACUCCCCCGACGACAUCGCCCUCAAAAUCCGCCGCGCCGUCACGGACUUCACCUCCGAGGUCACCUUUGACCCGGAGACGCGCCCGGGCGUGUCCAACCUGGUGACCAUCCACGCCGCCAUGGCAAUGACCGGCGUGGAGGAGGCGGUGUCGCAGGCGCGCGGUCUGGACACGGGCGCGUACAAGAGGCUCGUGGCGGAGGCGGUGAUCCACAGGCUGACGCCCAUCAGGGAGGAGAUCCAGAGGCUGAGGGCGGAGCGCGCUCACCUGGAGGCGGUGCUGGCGCGCGGGAACAGCAGGGCUCAGGAACUGGCCGCGCCGGUGCUCGGCGAGGUGCGACAGCGGGUGGGAUUCUGCUGAGAGUGGAAUAAAGCCACAUUCAUGGCGCUCGGCACUUUCCUGCUGCUGAUAUUAAAUUUUUAUUCCAGCGGCUGUUUACAUUUCCAGGAUCGUGGGAGGACGUUAACGCAUUUAUGACAAGAAACGUGUGGAAAAGACUCUGCUCACGUCUGGACUCGCCGCUGGAGGAACUGUUAAUAUUCUUGCCCUUUAGGUUUGUCCCCGUUGACAUGAAUGAGGACAGUGUGUGUGUCUGAUGAUGCGGCGUUAACGUUGAUCUGAGCUGAGCCACAACAACGAGACAUUUGUCUGGGUUUGAGUUAAAGCAACACUGUGCUCUCCUCUGUCCUCCAGACUUUGUACGUUUAUGAAGUGGGUGGAGACUUUGUGUUACAGGUAGGGGUGUCACCGUCUCGAUUUUAAAACCGAAUAUCGAUCGCAACGACGUCACAACCUAGAAUUUUCAGAUUCAGGUCAGAGAGCGUCGUCACUGGAAGAGUCACGAGCGCGACGUCCGACACAAGUGAACAGUGAACAAACUGUCGAUCAGUUAAAAAAAAAAAGACUUAAGAAUCCUGAAAACAUUUAUCUUAAUUAGGAAUGCAAUGAAAUUGUAAUGAAACACCAAAAUUCUGUACCAUUGUUUUUGUUUUGUUCUUUUAAUCUAAUUUUGUUGCUAUGGCUGGGACUGUGUGUCAAGGCAUUGCAAUUAUAGUAUAUUAUAUUAUAGAUGUAUAGAUUCAUAUUCAUGCUUCCGAGAAGAAGUCAAUGAAGAAUCUGAAAAUAUUUACGAGAUCAAACAUCGAACAGAAAAUUGAAAAUUGAAUUGAGGAUUUGGAGAAUUCUGUUAAAAAAAAAACAAAAAAAAGGCUUCUGGAUGGAAUCAAAAAUGAUUGUAAAAUGCAAAAAGUGACAAAGUGUUUAAACCUUGGCUGGUGGAGAUCUGCGCUCUCUUGAUUUGUGUUCCAUCGAUUGAGGUCAACGCUUCUAGAGCUUUUCACCGCUGAAAGAAACUGGAGAACGAAGAAGUGAGGAAAU